AUGAACACGGUCAAAUCAGUAUACUACGGCUGGGCAACGCUCAUCGUCGCGGGCGGCGGCGCCUACUUCUUCGCCAAACGCAGCAUCAACGCAGACCGCGCGCACAAAGCCGAGCUGGACCGGCAAAAGCGCGCCCGAAUCUACGAAAUGGAACAUGGACUGCAAAUGUCGUCGUCGUCGUCGAAUACCACGCCGCUGAAUCCGAGCGCGAGACCAGGGUCCGCGCAGGCGGCGCCGCAGAGCAUCACGAGCGAGGUGGGCCGGUUGCGCAGCGAACAGGGAGGGAGUGCGAGCGGGAAUGGGAAUGGAGGCGGAGAGGCAAAUCCAAGCGUGCAGGCGAGUCAGGAUCCGGCGCCUACGCGACAUGCGCCGGAGAAUGAGGGGCAGCGGGUGGGCGAGAAGAGCAAGUACGAGGCGAGUGAUGUGUAUCGGAGUCGGAAGGGCGAUCGCUUCUCGUAG